AUGGUAGCAUUGUGUAGGCAAUGUUUUCCUUGUUUAUAAAUAUAAAACUAACGUGUAACCUUUGCAAGUUUUCAGCCGACACUUUAUUCGUUGGGACGGGGAAACAAGAUAUGGCUUUGCAGUUUUCCUUGACGACCUCUGAGAUCAGCAUUUCUGAUGCGGAAUGCAACAACACCUAUGGGAAAUGCGCCAAAUAUUGCAACCUACGUGAGCACAAUAACUAAUAACGCAGUAAUCCUCUGACGUUUAGCCACUUUCUGCUCGCUUUACUGUAGUCCAAUGUGCUGCAUUAUGGACACGUAUGUGACAAUGCGUUGUGUUACACUAUACAACAAGUAUUUGCAUAAUUCGUCGAAAUUGAAUAUCCUCAACGAUUACUGGAAGUCAGCGGACGGCCAAUCACUUGGUGUUUGGGCUGAAGACCAAAUAUUUUUCAAAGAUUCGGCCAGGAAAACAAUGGAUUUGGGUACCUUGAAAAUAGCGUUAAAUGUCUAUACAAGUGUGUUGAACGCCGAGUGGGCUAUAUCAAUGUAAGCAUGUAUACAUAAGAGGGGUGCCGGUCACUGUACAAGACCAGCAAAAGGCACGGCCUUUGCGAGUAUAAUUCUUAUAAAUGAACCGGUAAGAAAAGUUUUAUCCGGUCUUGGCCUCUUCACAUCGCAGGACAAAAAAUUCUUUAUGGGGGUGUUGAAGUCCCCUUAACCAAGCCUGUCACUAAACCCAGAAGCCGAACUUCAAGACAUACUGUUAGCGUGUCUUUUAUAGGCAGUUCUACGAGAUAAAAACGGAAUCGAAAUUCGCAUAAUCAUAAAAUGGUUCUCAGGUAGACGUUGUCCGGUGGCUGGUGGUUUCCUCCACAUCAUCUCCCUCAAACUUCCAUAAGUGUUUUUUUAUUACUCCAUCGCGGCGGCGAUCUCUUCGGGAGUCAGGCCGUUGCGAAAAGCCCUGGAACUGGCUAGGGGUAGGACAGGGAUUCUGUGUACUGGCUGACCAGGGGGAAUGGGAUUUGAUGUGAGAUCGACCGGUAGGAGAAGACGAGAAUACCAAUAAGGAGUAUUUAUUUAGCACCACAGCAGGAAAAUUGAUUAUAAAAUGAUCAGAUCUUUGGCUUUUAUAAGGAAUGAGCGAACUUAUGCAAAUUUGGGGAUUAGCGUCAACAUGCCCCACUUCCUUUCGGCUGAUUUCUCCGGGGUCAGGACGUUUAGGUCCCCCACUUUCGGUCUCCGCCUUCUUCCUGCUUCAGAACCUUGAUGAGGGUUUAUACUGUCGGACGUUUCUGGCGGACUGCUUGUUGAAUGGCACGGGGCCAGGCCUCUACAUUGUUGUUUGUCCUAGGCAAAUCAAUCAUAGUAUAUAUACUCAUAGCAAUUCCAAAAUGGAAUUUCAAACAGGGGAACUUGCCGAUUAUCUCCUAGAAGUAGACCUGGAAGGCCAAUCCAUGUUCUUUCCAUGUACUCUUUCAUCGGAAUCAGCAAUCUCGGUGUGUCAUCAGUAGUAUCUGAAAAAGGCGGGGACCGAAAGAGGGGGGACCGAAAAGUCAGUCUCCCGAUUUCUCCAUGAAGUCGAGGGAUCGCGCGGAAGUCAGGCGGUUGCGAAAAAACCUGGAACUGGCUAGGGAUAGGACAGGGGUUCUGGCACCCCUGGGUCCUCUGGCGUUAAAUGUCUAUACGAGUGUGUUGAACGCCGGGUGGGGUAUAUCACUGUAAGCAUGGAUACAUAAGAGGAGUCCUUUACUGAGGGCCCCUCUUAGGGGUCGCGACAUUUGCGUGAAGCCGAUAUUUUCCGGUGAGAAUUACGAGUUUCCUCACGCAAUCUACGUAGUGUGAUAGAGAUUUUGCAUUGAUUACUCCCUGUUUUCAAAAACAUCUAACUGCCAAAUCCUUUUCCACAGUAAUCAAGUGUUGGCUGGUUAUCAAACAUGCCCGCACAAUCUCCGUGGUUCUUCUAGCUGCCCGCAAGUGUGGGCGCGCCCUAUUAUAUCAAAAAAUACAGUAUUUACAUCCUAGGACUCGAGUUGGUCUCGCCCGUGAUUCAGCCUCAAAGAAUUUUGUCAACGCUUUGAAGGAAAGCGGCUACAUAAACUAUGCUUUGUUCACAAUUGUAUUUUCUCACGAAAAUAGAAGAUGCGCAUUAAUGUUUGGAGAUUACAAACGAGAGGACUGUAAAAAUGAACUGGCCGAAUUUAAAGCCGCUGGUGACCGUGAGUGGAUCCUAGACGCAAUAGGAGUCCGAUUUCUUGAUUACGAGUCGCGCCGGCAAUAUAGAGUAGGUCCUACAAGCCACUAAGAAAUGGCAUAAGCGCUUGACAUAUUGUACAUGUAUAUUUAUAUACAUUUCAGUUGCUCUUGACAGAAGGCAUUUCAAUUUACAUGCCUCGCCAUGUCCUUCUCAGCUUUAUCAACGCCGGGGCAUUGACGUUUAAAGUAAGCUGCACCAAGUAAUGUCAAUAACAGACGAUUACUUUUCAGCAAUCAGACCAUUCAAACACAUAUACCGUGAAUCUUACAACAUUUGAUAUAAAUCAGCGACAAUUUUUCGCUCUCAGCAACUCAUUUGCUCUCAAUGUAACACUUCGUACCAUCAACGUAGCUGACAAAAUAAGAGACCUACAAAUACAUGCGAACGCUUUGGACCCAAAUCCAGACAACGUGGAGUGGGCCGCUGGAGAACCCUUCUUCCGUGAAUACUGCGUCUCAUUUGAUUACGAACUUAACACUGUUGGCUUCUCUGAACUUUUAGAAAAACAGCGGUUUUAA